UUCAGUCGCUGUCGUGUUGCCGGCCGUUGGGCUCCGGCAGCUGUUUAAAUUUGAACCGACUCUGGCCUGCGUUGUGUGGGAUGACAAAGUGUGUUGCUGGUUCUGUGUUUAUUGAAAGUCGUUGAUGAUGACGGUCCUGCAGGAACCUGUUCAGGCUGCUAUUUGGCAUGCGCUUAACCACUAUGCUUAUCGGGAUGCGGUCUUCCUUGCAGAAAGGCUCUAUGCUGAAGUUUGUUCUGAAGAAGCUCUAUUUCUCUUGGCAACCUGUUACUAUCGCUCAGGGAAAGCAUACAAAGCCUAUCGGCUUUUGAAAACUCAUAGCUGUACUACCCCUCAGUGCAAGUAUCUUCUUGCCAGAUGUUGUAUGGAUAUCAGCAAACCGGCAGAGGGAGAACAGAUUUUAGCUGGUGGAAUACUGAACAAACAGAAAAGCAAUGAUGAUAUUAUUACGGAGUUUGGAGAUUCAGCUUGUUUUACAUUGUCUUUAUUAGGACAUAUAUACUGUAAAACAGAUCGAAUGGCCAAAGGAGCAGACUGUUACCAAAAAAGCCUUAGUCUAAAUCCCUUUCUUUGGUCCCCUUUCGAAUCAUUAUGUGAAAUAGGUGAAAAACCAGAUCCUGAUCAGACAUUUAAAUUGACGUCUCUCCAGAAUUUUAGUAGUUAUCAGCCAAGUUUAUGUAUGCCUUUGUCUUUGAAUCAUGGUGUCCAACAUAACAGGCAACCUGACACUGUCCUGAUGGAAACGCCACAAGACACUAUUGAGUUAAACAGAUUAAAUCUUGAAUCUUCAGCCAACUCAAAAUAUUCCUCAAUGAUGACUGAUUCUUCAGCAUCAUUAAUUGACACAUCUGUGAUUUCUCCUGAUGCUCUACCACUUGGUUCUGGAACAUCAGUUUUGUCCAAACAACAAGUAAACAAGCCAAAGUCUGGAAGGAGCUUGCUUGGUGGUCCUGGAACUCUAAGCCCCUUAACACCAAGCUUUGGAGUUUUGCCCUUGGAUACCCCAAGCCCAGGUGAUGGGUCCUUUUUGCCAAACUAUACAAAUUCUUCUGUAAUUGAUUCAUCCUCCACGGUGGCUCCCACAAAAAAGUCUGUAGCGAGAAUAAUGCAAGGUGGAACCAAGUCUGUAUUUGCACAGAGUGGAAACAGCCGUGAUGUAACUCCAAUUCCGCUGACUCAGACGCAGACUUCAGGCCCACAAACCAGUGCAGCGCAGGUACUAUUUCCAACAAGCACAGCCCCUACAAAUGCACCACCCCGCCGAAGUUCCAGGCUCUUUACAAGUGCCAGUUCAACUACAAAGGAGAAUAGUAAAAAGCUGAAGAUGAAGUUUCCAACUAAAAUUCCCAACAGAAAGCCAAAAAACAAAACCAGUAAAGGAGGUAUAACACAGCCAAACCUCAACGACAGCUUGGAAAUCAGUAAGCUUGACUCGGUGAUCCCUGAAGGCAAAAUCUCCUCAGUCACACCUCAAAUGCAGGCUUUUAAUAUACAAAAAGCAGCUGCAGAUGGACUGAUGAACCUUCUGCGUGAGAUGGGGAAAGGAUACUUGGCACUUUGUUCUUACAGCUGUAAGGAAGCAAUUGGUAUCCUGAGUCAGUUGCCUUCACAUCACUACAACACUGGUUGGGUACUGUGUCAAAUAGGAAGAGCACACUUUGAGCUGGCUGAAUACAUGCAGGCAGAGAGGAUAUUUUCAGAAGUGAGGCGUAUUGAAAGCUAUCGAGUGGAAGGUAUGGAGAUUUAUUCCACCACAUUGUGGCACCUGCAGAAGGAUGUCUCACUCUCCCUUCUUUCCAAGGAUCUCACAGAAAUGGAUAAAAAUACACCGGAGGCUUGGUGUGCAGCAGGGAACUGCUUCAGCUUGCAGCGAGAGCAUGAUAUAGCAAUCAAGUUCUUCCAGAGAGCCAUUCAAGUAGAUCCAAACUUUGCUUAUGCAUACACUUUGCUUGGUCACGAGUUUGUAUUAACAGAAGAGUUGGACAAAGCUUUGGCCUGUUUUCGAAAUGCAAUUCGUGUAAACUCUCAGCACUAUAAUGCCUGGUAUGGUUUGGGGAUGAUCUACUAUAAGCAAGAGAAGUUCAACCUAGCAGAAAUUCAUUUCCGAAAGGCUCUUAAUAUCAACCCCCAAAGUUCUGUGUUACUGUGCCACAUCGGUGUGGUCCAGCAUGCGUUAAAGAAAUCAGAGAGUGCACUUGAAACACUAAAUAAAGCCAUAAGUAUAGAUCCCAAAAAUCCCCUAUGCAAAUUCCACCGAGCCUCUAUUUUGUUUGCAAAUGAGAAGUACAAGGCAGCUUUGCAGGAGCUUGAAGAACUGAAGCAAAUUGUUCCCAAAGAGUCACUUGUAUACUUUCUAAUAGGAAAGGUUUAUAAGAAAUUAGGGCAGACGCACUUGGCUCUGAUGAAUUUCUCCUGGGCCAUGGAUCUUGAUCCAAAAGGAGCCAACAACCAGAUCAAAGAGGCUAUUGACAAACGUUACUUACCAGAUGAUGAGGAGCCUGUAACAAAUGAUGGGCAACAUAGUGAGGGUUAUCAGUAUGACACAGCUGGAACUGAUGAGUCCCAGGAAAGCAGCAUGACUGAUGCUGAUGACACCCAGUUACAUGCGGCGGAAAGUGAUGAGAGCUUCAAUCUGUAAAUGCUAACCCAACCAAAACAUGGCUCCAGAGCAAGAGCUGCUACUCCCUGGCCAUUCCCUUUCUUCUCUCUCACUAGGUUUGUACUUCUGCUUUGAGCAUUUUGUCUGAUGCAGUUUGCCAACAUUAUGAGCAUAGGCUGGAGAGACCAGUCAUUGGGUUACGAGGAAACCCAUAACCAACAACUUUUAAUUUUCAGCCUCAACAAUAUUUGUGUUGAACAGGGGGCUUUGUUUUUAAAUGUAAUUGUUAAAAAAAUGAUUUGAAUGUGAACCUGCAUAACUCCCCUCUCCCUCUGCUACUUCUGCUCAUGCAAAACUUGACCUUCACAAAGAUCACAAUUAUGCUGCUGUUUUUAACAUCUUAAAAGGGGGUAAGGGGAGAGGGGGUGAAAGUCCAGCGGCUGGUGUUACCUCAGUGAUUAACCAGCAGAAGGUACAGGUGGUCAAAAUGGCAGCCAUUUUUGAGCAGCACUUUGUUCGUAAUGGCUAAUGUACUGCCUUUGGUCAUUUAGUUGCUGUGAAUGGAGCUUUUCUCUCAUCUCACCCAUCUCCUGUCUUUAUUUCACCAUAGAGUGCAGUGCAGCCUUUUCUGCAAAAUGCACAUGCUGAUUGCAUACAAUGGUGGUACCCUUUUAUGGUCUUCCUGACACCAGGAGCCUUUGUGCAACCAGAAGUGUUAACGAAUGGAAAAUGCAACGUGUGUCUGUACGUGUGGAUGUGUACGCGCAUGGAUGUGUGAAAUCUGGUCUAUUUUUUUAAUUUCAUUUUUCAUUUAAAACUGUAACUUGCUGUCUUAAGUGGAUGUUUUUCUGUUGCUUAUCCCUUUUAAUUUCAGAUAUUUGUACAGUCUUAGAAAAAGUCUUUUUGUUAAUAUAUUUGCAACUCAGUUUAAUGAUGUGACAAAAAAUUCCAAAAUAAAAUACUUUGAAAACCUUUUAGCAGCUGGAUGUUGAUCGUUGCUAUCCACUCUUUAAUGAUUGGAAAUCAUAGAAUUAUUCCAACAGGUACCAAUUAGCCCAUCAAGUCUGCCAUUAUGUUGGUAAUGUACAACAUGUCAGUGUGAGGAACAAAGACUGCAACCCUGCAAGGAUAAAUUUCACAUCAGUUAAUGCAUUUUCUUGUGAUCAAUACCCAUGUUACAAAGGAUGCAUACAUCACAUGGAUUUUUCCUCCUCUAAUUCAUUCCUUCUAUCUCAUAAUCACAUUAUUCUUUUAAGCUUGAUUUAUGGCCUCUAUCAAUGUCUGCUUGCACAUGGGUGUAGUGUGUGGAGUCAAUGUGUGUGCUGUUCCUUUAUGCGUCCCAACUGUAAAACGUAGACUAUAAAUCCUCAGCCUGGUUUUUACACUGCUGUGAAGACACUUUGUGUUUGCUGCCAUCUUCAGACUAGCAUGCCUUCAUUUCAUACUUUGCUUUCUGCUUUGGCCAAGGCAACAAGAAGUUUGGGUUGCAAGGCCUCUGACAUUAGUAGCUGUGCUUUUUGCUACCUUGGUCCAAGCAUGAGAAUUGCUCCUCAAACUCUUUAUCUUUCUCUCCCUCGGCCCAUGGAUAGUCUUGACACCUGCCCUAAGAGGUGUGUUUCAUGUCUUUUUGGGCCUUGGCAUUAAAUUCCUGUUAAUUUGAAUCCAAGAAGGUGAGCAGAUGAGAACAUUGAAACAGAGGGCUGCAGUAGUGCAGGGUUGCAGAGCCACUUCUGAUUGGCUAAUUAUGAAGUAUGUACAUCAGCCAAUAAAGGGCAGGUAUUGAGAGUGGCCAGUGUUUCAGUGGUCAGUAGAGGCUUUGGCUCAUCAAGCUUGGGUGAGAGGAGGCUGACCAUACCCCUCCAUUCUCUGCAUAUUCAUGUGACUAUCUAAGAGCCCUUUAAACAUCUUUAUUGACCAGUUGUCUGUCUAUGCCUCUCAGAUAUUUUAAAUUUCUAACAGGUAUCCCCUCAGCCUCUGCUGCUCUGGAGAAAACAACCUCAGCCUGUCUCAACUCUCCCCAUACAUGUCAUCUAAUUCAAGCAGCAUCUUGG